UGUCUUUGUCGCAACGGUUUAGUUAUAGAAAAGCAAAGUAAUAAACAAGCACUCUUUGAGCAGUUGAUCUGAUUGAGUUAGUUUAUUUAUUAAGAUGUGAAACGCAAUUGCUAAUUAGAAAACGAUAAAGCUAUUUCAUGGUUUCAGUUCUGUUCUUCUUUCAAAUGAAAAAUAUUUCUAAAAAAACUCACUUGAACGAUGCAGAAAACUGCGAUGAACAACAAUCCAAGUUUGGCCAUUUUAAUUGAGUUUGUUUUUCCGUUAUGAUUCGAUUAUGAUUUUUAAUUCACACAAGACAAAUGUCUGAGUUGAUGAUUUCGGUCUUAAUUCUUUGACUUUCAGCGUUGAACUGGGCUGUACGGAUCUAGACCAUAGAUUUCUUUGCUGUAAAUUCGGUAUCAGUGCUACGGCAAUAUUUGGAAAUGAUAAGCAAAAAAAGGCAAGUUCACAUCACAACUUAAAUAUUCUAAUUCAAAUCGAGUCGUCAACUAUAGUAAGUAUAGUUGACAACUUUUAGGCGCAUUCACAAUGCAUUUAUAUGGUUUGUGAUUAUUCAACGGAUUUGUCCGAUUUGAAAUUACAUACGAUUCAAUGAAGCAGCGGACUUGUCGUCACACGUGUAGAUGUGGCAUUUCACUAUUUAGUGAUUGGUUAGUUGCCGAAACAUCAUCUAUGUAGUGCACUCGAUAUUUACGGUUAAAACUUAAUAUUCGGUUAGCCGGUUAUGAUUGAAUGGUUUUGUUCAUUCGCUUAAAGCAUUUGCAUUGUUUAACAAACGUAAAUAGCAAUCGAUCAUACCUCGUUUACGAGGCAUUUAAUAUACAUACCAAACAUGUAGAAACAUUCGCCAAAAAUAUAAACGACAUGUUUUGUAAAUUUAGAAUGGCAUGUUGAGUGAAAAAAAAAUGUUUCAUAAAGAAAGUGCAAGCAAUAGCGGAAGUGAGAUGGAGAGAAAGAGAAUCGUAAAAAAUACUUACUUCAAUGAUAUAUGCAUAUGUGCAAUGAGCAUACAUCGUCUACGUCAAAUGCCAUGCCAAAUGGUCAGAGCAAUUGAAUAAAUGAAAAUUCAAGAAAACAAACGCCGAUAACGCAACGAAUAAUGAAAUGUUUAAUGGGAUCAUCCGUUCAGCACAAUAUCGCGCAUGUCUCCUUGCCUGCUCGCUCGCGAGUGCAGUGCGCAGAAAUAAAUGCUUAGAGAAAUGCAAUUUUCUGAUUUUUUCACAUUUUUUUUGAAAUUUCAGAGGAAAAAUACGCUUAAUAGCUUGGUUUGGAGUUAGUUUAUUUCGUUUCUAUUAGUAUUAUAGUUCACCGCUUUACACACGCGAAUAUUCUGGCUUCGAAUUGGUUUUACUUUUCCUGAUUUGUAUGCACAAUGCACAUUCUCCGAACAACCUUAAGUGCAAUCGCCCGCGGUGUGCAAGUUCAACCACAGAAAAACUGGAAACGUUGAUAUUACUUGAUUUAUGUCUAAUUUCUACGCACAUAGGGCAAUUAUAUAAUGUUCAUGUGGUAGUGAUUUUUUUCUCUCUUUCUCACUCUCGGUCUCUGCCGUGGCACCAAAAGUGGAUGACUAUUUUUCAUUGGAUGAAUAUAUUUUCUCUUUUUGGUCGUUUUCAUUAUGAAGUAUUGAGAGAAUAACACAUAGAAACAAACGAAAAAGAAGUAAAAAAAAACGAACAGAAACAAGUGUGAAAGCAUAGAAAAUAUAGUUGAAUAUACUUGCAUGCGAAUAUGAAGUACAUGCAUGAGCCGGGGAGCAUGGCAUUUUUGCACUCUACAGUGUUCUUGGAUUUGUAUUUAAACCACCAAAGUUAGUUCAAUUGUAUCAGUACAACAAUUCAUUCCGAAUCGGAACAAUAUUGGAAGUUUUGAGUGUCCACUGUCCAUUAAAACAUAAUUUGUUCAACAAAAGUGACAUAUAGUUUUUUGUUUCUGUACAACAAAAUAGAUAUAACACUUAAUAGUCCAAUAUGAAUUCAAACGUGAUUUCCUUCUUUGUGCUCAUCGCCGCUGCUUACUCAGCUCCACAAGCAGCCCAAUGGCCAGCUGGUGUACACCCAAGCCUCUGCCCUAACUACCCAUACUGCGAUACCUCAGUCGGUGUUGUUGUUGCUCCAGUUGCUCCAGUUGCACCUUUGGAAGGAUUCUCCACUCGUCUAUACCCAGCUGGCGUAAGCCCAGCCGCUUGCCCAGGCUUCCCAAUUUGCGAUAACUCUGUUGUACACAACACUCCAUCAGUUAACACUGUCAACCCGGUCUGGAACCAACCAUCAACUGUUGUUGUUGACAAAUACCCAGCUGGUGUAAACCCAAGCACCUGUCCCAACUAUCCAUACUGCGGUACCAGUUUCGCUGCACCAGUUGCACCAUUGGAAGGAUUCUCCACUCGUCUUUACCCAGCUGGCAUUGUUGCCGCUUCAUGCCCAAAUUAUCCAUACUGUUAAGUUGGAUAGGCAAGACUACAGCAUUUCUGAAUUCAAAAAUAAUUCUUAAACGCUAACUCCUUCUUUCUGUACGUUUUAAUCCAAAUUUGUAUCUUCCAAAAUCGACUAAAAGUGGUAUAGAAACCUUAAUUCACAACUUGUGAAUCACAAGAUAUUUGCACUUCCUAUAAUUAUUUUGUUAAUAAAGUUUUAUGAAUCGU